AUGCCAGAGCGACCACGAGCGCACACCCUGUACGCCGCCGGCUCAAACUCGCACGGCCAGCUCGCCCCGCACCACCGCGACGACCUCGCCCGCUGGACUCGCAUCUCGCUCCCGCCUCGACUCGGCCCAACCGCCGUAAAGUCCAUCGCGUGCGGCGCCAACCACUCUAUCGUCGUCGUCACCGACCCGCACGGCCGCACGCACCUGCUCGGAGCCGGCAGCGACGCCCGAGGCCAGCUCUCGGCUCGACCCGACCCUCGACUGCGCCUCGCCCUCGAGCCCGUCGACCUCGACAAGCUGUGCGACGGCCUCAACUUGGCUCUCCCUGUCGCCAGCUACGAGGUCGAGCACGUCGCUGCGUCCUGGGAGACGUCGUUCGUCGUCCUCCGGCCUCGAGAUCCCGCCAGCCGCGAGUCCGACGUCCUCGUGUCGUUCGGCGCCAACGACUGGGGCGAGCGCGGCGCGCCGUCGGCAGCGCGAGACGAGCCGAGCGUCGUCGCCCUAGACGAGACGCUGCUCGACGUCGAACGUGCACGGGCGACGAUCCGCAUCGUCGACCUCGUCGCCGGACCGCGGCACGCGCUCGCUCUCGUCGAGGUCGUCGAUCCGCCAGCACCGUCAGAUCAUGCACCAGCACCGAGCCGUCGCCGGCUCCUCGGCUGGGGCGCAUCUCGGCACGGCCAACUCGGCGUCGCCCACUCGUCCUCGCCGCCGCCACGCACCACGCCCAUUCCGCGCGAGGUGGCCGUCCCGGCGCCGCUCGGUGCCUCGAGCAUCGUCAGCCUGUCGGCCGGUCGCGAUCACUCGGCCGUGCUCUUCCGUCGAGCCGCCGACGACAACGAGAAGGUCCUCCUCCUCGGGUCCAACAAGCACGGCCAGCUCGGCGCUCCUCUCGCCGGUCGCGACGCCGCCGCAAACUCGCCGGCACGGCAACAUGUCAUCAAUGGUGCUCAAUUCGCCUUGUCGACCGCCGCUCGAGCCGCGCCCGUCGUGGCCGCCGUCCACUGCACCUGGUCGAGCACGUUCCUCGCCUUCUCCCCCUCCUCGCCCUCCUCGCCCAUCCUCGCGUUCGGCCUGAACGGUCACGGUCAACUCGGCACACCGUCCUCGUCCUCGCCUGAUGUCGACCGCCUCGGCGUCGCGCCGACUUUCCCGCCCUCGAGCGCCGUGCGCGUGCUCGCGGCAGGGUCCGAGCACGUCCUCGCACUGCUCGACUGCCCCAGAGACGGUCGCGAGGGCCUCGUCGAGCGACAGGUGUGGGGCUGGGGCUGGAACGAGCACGGCAACCUCGGGCUCGCGGCGGGCGAGAGCGAGGGACAGCGAGAAGGAGAGGGCAACGAGGGAGGCGCCGUCGUGCCUGCCGACGUGCGCUCACCGAGACGGGUAUGGCCACCUCACGAGCACGGACGAGUCGAGGGUGACGAGCAGCCGCAAGGGCGGCCUGUGCGCGUGUGGGCGGGCAUGGCGAGCAGCUGGAUCCUGUUCGAGCAGGACGAGGACGACGCAGAGUAGCCUCUCGUUGAAAAGCUAUCGUCUCGACCGCUC